AUGCCGCUCCACCACAACCUCACCUCGCUCCUCCUGUCCUGUGUUGUGGCUCUGGCCUUUAUCUCCGUGACGGACGCGGCUGACUGCACGUCUGCGCAAAUCGCGGAGCUCUCGGCGCUAAGCAGCAACGUCACCGACGUGUGCGGUAGUGAUGCGCUGUCCGGCGCGACUUCCACAACGGCUUUUUGCUCCGAUAGCUCGUGUUUGGCUUUCCUCACCAGUAUGGUCUCCAGUAUUCCAUCCUGCGAGUUGGAGAGCUACAAUUUACGCACAGUGCUGACCACUGCAAUCCGCUCUUGCGACGCUGCGUCCGACGCUGUCCCAGCAAGUUUCUAUCCACCAAGCAUAAUGGCGGAGCUUUACGCGGAGGUGGCAGAUGAGGAGCAGCGUCUGGCACGCGGACCGUCGCAGCGUCAGUACUGGGACCGCAAAACGUUCUCGUCGUUCGCUGAGCAGCAGCGCGCCAUGGAGCGCUCCAGUACGUUGUACGUGGGCAACCUGUCGUUCUUCACAUCCGAGGCGCAGAUUUACGAGCUAUUCAGCCGCGUGGGGCACGUGAAGCGCGUCAUAAUGGGCCUCGACCGCUUCAAGAAGACACCAUGUGGCUUCUGCUUUGUCGAGUACAGUGCACACGUUGAGGCUGAGGCUUGUUCGCAGUUUUUGAGCGAGACCAAGCUCGACAACCGUGUGGUGCGCUGCGAGAUGGACGGCGGCUUCCGUGAGGGCCGUCAGUUCGGUCGCGGCCUGUCGGGAGGCCAAGUACGAGACGAUAGACGCUCCAAGGACGACUACGACGCCGGGCGUGGUGGCUAUGGACGUGGAGAUGACGCCACAGCCGAUGGCCACCACUUCCGUCGUUCAGCCCAUGUCAAGAGGCCUAGAGAUGACGGCACGGCGGCUGACGAACCGCCUGCCAGUCGCCAGCGACGCCCUGACUCACCCCGAGACGAAAAUAAAGAGGAGGAGAACCCGAGAUUCCGUCACCGUGAGGACGACGCUGACCGAGAGGAUGAAGUUGUGGAACAGCCGACGAUCGAGCGGCCUGUGCAAGAGACAACGGAAGCGUAG